AGCGGCGGCUGGGCUGUGCGGAUGAGAGUGAGCGCAGAAACGGAGUGAGAGAGCAGGUAGGAAAAUACACUAAAAGCAGCAGACAGAACAGCAAAGUCACAAGUGUUUCCAGGACGUGAAGUGGAACAUCUAUAGAUCUCACAAGAUGUGGUGGAACCGUAAUAUCUCUCAUAAACCUGUGAUGAGUGGGGGUUCGUGGUGCCCAGCCUGUUCGGGGCAGUGCCUGGUGGCCUGAGUUUGGCAUGGCCUCUUUGGACCUGCCAUACCGCUGCCCUCGCUGCGGGGAGCACAAGCGUUUCCGGAGCUUGUCGUCCUUACGUGCCCACCUGGAGUACAACCACACCUACGAGACACUGUACGUGCUGUCCAAGUCUAACAGCGUGUGUGACGCCGCCGCACUGCUCCCUCUGGUGGCCGACAACGCCCUGGCGGCCGAAUCCCACUUCACCUGCUCGGGUGACGAGCUCGGUCUGGCUACAACUUCAUCCUCCAGUCCCCGCUACCUUCCGAAUGUCGAGUUUCCACUGGGCGAGAUUCUGUUGAGGAAAGCCAUGAGCUCGGCCGACUCCGGCGCCAUGGAGGCCGCCUACGAGGAGGGGCUGGCCCGCCUCAGGGCUCGAGCCUUCGAGAGGCUAGAGCUGGACGAGAGAUUGGAGAAACUGUCCGAAGAGGUAGAGCAAAAGAUCUCGGCUCGAGUGGGACGCCUGCAAGCCGAGCUGGAAAGGAAGAGCUCGGAACUGGAGAAGGCCAAGGUGGAGAGCGAGAGGCUCAGUCAGGAGAAGCAGGAACUGGAGGAUAAGGCCUCGGAGCUAUCGCGUCAGGUUGACGUGUCUGUCGAGAUGCUGGCCAACCUUAAGCAAGACCUGGUCAACAAGGAGCAGGAGCUCACGCACAAACAGCAAGAGGUAGCUCAGAUCGAUCAGUUCCUCCAGGAGACAGCGGCACGUGAAGCCAGCGCUAAGGUUCGCCUGCAGCAGUUUAUCGAGGAGCUACUGGAGCGUGCUGACCGUGCUGAAAAACAACUCCAGAUCAUCAGCAGCUGUGGAACCACACCGAACGGCAGUCUGAGUCACUGCAGCCUACAGGAUGCCAAAACCAACGGACGCCAGAGGAACUCCAGUCUCUCGGGUUCCAGAGGGGUGUACCAGGUGUCUGAUCGGCGAUCCUCCCCCAGCACUGGAGCAUCCGUCCGAUCAAAGUCGGCAUCCCAGGGCUCAAUGGUGGGAUAUGACAGCGACAGUGUGGAGAUGCAGGCGCUGGAGGGCAGCUUGGAGGCACAGUACUACCACGGACAGUGUCGUCCCACCGAACCCUCGCCCUACGACCGUCGUAACUGGGGCCUCCGCAAGCAAGCCAUCCAGAACUGGCAGCGCCGACCUUACCGCAACAGCACAGAGGCAGAAGAGGGAGACAUGUCGGAUGUGGCAUCGCGCACAACCGAGUCUGAGGCGGAAAUGUGGGAGCAGGAGAGGAGGGUAGAGUGUCAGCAGCACUGCGGUCACCGCAGCAGCUACCAGCUGGGCUCAGGUCGUUCUGAAGUUGGCUACAAACCCUGCCGCCAUGAGAAGAGUCCAUCUAAAACCAGUGAGGUGAUCAGUCCCGAGGUCCUAAAGAUGCGGGCAGCCCUCUUUUGCAUCUUCACCUACCUGGACACUAAGACCCUGCUGAGGGCGGCUGAGGUGUGCAGAGACUGGAAGUUUGUGGCACGUCACCCUGCUGUCUGGACGAGAGUGCUGCUGGAGAAUGCCCGCCUUUCCUCCAAGUUCUUGUGCACACUGUCUCAGUGGUGUACACAGACACACUCUCUGAUCCUGCAGAACCUCAAACCAAGACAGAGAGGGAAGAAGGAGACCAAGGAGGAGUAUCUCAAAAGCACACGUGGGUGUUUAGAGGAGGGUCUGGAGGCCUUGCUGAAAGCAACAGGAGGAAACCUGCUCAUUUUGAAAAUUUCCCACUGUCCAAACCUGCUGACUGACCGGUCGCUGUGGCUGGCCAGCUGCUACUGCCGAGCUCUACAAGCUGUAACAUACAGAAGUGCCACCGAUCCUGUGGGCCAAGAGGUUAUCUGGGCUUUGGGUGCAGGCUGCAGGGACAUCAUCUCUCUUCAGGUGGCACCGUUACAUCCUUGUCAACAGCCUGCCCGCUUCAGUAAUCGGUGCCUUCAGACGAUUGGCCGAUGCUGGCCACACCUAAGAGCCUUGGGAGUUGGCGGAGCUGGAUGUGGCAUACAAGGAUUAGCUUCAUUGGCAAGAAACUGCAUGAGGCUGCAGGUGCUAGAGCUGGACCAUGUCAGUGAGAUUAAUCAGGAAGUAGCUGCCGAGGUGUGUCGAGAGGGUCUGAAGGGUUUAGAGAUGUUGGUGCUUACAUCAACUCCAGUCACUCCCAAAGCCCUUCUCCAUUUUAACAGUGUGUGUCGUAACCUGAAGUCCGUUGUUGUACAGAUAGGUAUUGAAGAUUACUUUGAAGACCCCAACAGCCCAGAGGCUAGAAAGCUUUUUGAUGAGAUGGUGAACAAACUUCAGGCAUUAAAGAAGAGGCCUGGUUUCUCCAAAAUCCUUCAUGUGAAGGCUGAUGGUCUUUGCUAACCCCUCUCUGCUACAACAGGAACUGUGUAGAGGGUUGCGACAACCACCAUCUCUCUCCUAUGGCAAAAGCUGAAUCUCUAUCUACAAUCUCAGCUACCGAUCAGAAGACUUCAAAGCUCUACAGUUUUGACAAGGUUUGAAUUUGACUGAUGAUUUUUUGGAGGGAUG